AUGGGAUGCUCUGAGAAAUACAACAGAAGCUCCAGGCAGAUCUGAGAGAAUGACCAGAUAAGUCCUAAUUUUCCCUAUGAAGUUCUUUCUGAUCAUUUUUUUAUUUGGACUUUCAGGGAUUAACAAAAAUUUCAGCACUUUAAUAGGUCUCCAUAGGAGAGAAACUCCAUUUUUAUCAAGAUACAAUGAAUACAGUAACAAAAGCACUGAAGAUAAUAGUGACAUUAACAACAACAAUGAUAAUGACGAUGACGACGAAGACGACGACGAUGAAGAUGACGAUGAUGACGAAAACAACGAUGAUGAUGAUGAUGACAAUGAUGAUGAUGAUGAUACUGAGGAAUAUAUAGCUCCAUUUGAAUUGUCAACUGAAGAAACUUCAGCUUCCUUUUCUACUGAAGUGAGUUCUACAUUAAAUGACAGUAUGCAGACCUUGCUAAAGUACUAUCCUAAGCAACACAUCCAACCAUCAGACAGAGAAGAUCUAAAGAUAAAAUUAAUGCUGGGUAUAGCAUUGUUGGCUCUCCUCCUUUUUCUAAUCCUCUUGUUUAUUAGUUGUUUUGCCUUCUAUCAAGGGCAGAAGGAAUGUCCUAAAAUAUAUAAACAACAAAACAAUGUUACCACCAAACCUGAACUAGCAGACCUGUCUUAUUUUCAACCAGCAGAAGGUAUAUCAGACACUUCCUUUUCUAACAGUCCAGCUAGUAGCACAGUCUGGAAGCCUGAAUAUAGAGAAAUAAAAAAAGAAACUUUCAGAACAAAGGAGGCAACUGCACUAUCACUUCUACAUGACGCUGAUGCACGAUGCAUGAAGCUAGUAUUUGGCAAUGAAGUACCAAGCAAAGAAUUGGAUCUAAGUAGUGUUGAGCCACACACCAUGGAGACGUCUUAUGAUGAGAUGUAUAGCAAGGAGAUGUCUAGUGAGGAGCUGGGGAGUUGCCCCAAAACUCAAGAUAGCUGAAAAUAGAUCUUUUUUUCAUAAAAAUAAAAAUGAUUUAUCUUGGUGA